AUGGCUCUCAUAUAUCGCAACAAUAGCCUGAAUAGGCGUACAAAAGGCAAGAAAGCUAAAACCCCACCGAAGAAACCGAAGUUUCCAAAAGGCGCCAUCAGGAACAAGGACGGAACCCUAAAGACGGUAUCGGGGCCAUACAACGCAACUCUCGUCACAGCUCAUGCCAAUAACCGCUUUAACGAGACCUUCGGCGUCGAUCCCGAGACUAUUGGCCGUACUGAGAUCCUGCCGAAUCUGAACCAGUUCGUCGCCGGCGCCCUUGCAGCUAUCGCAUACAACAGCACUAAGGCCCAUGAUGUGACGAAGAGUAUGAUACUUCCCCAAAAGAGCGGCUGGAAGCGCGCGAAGCAGCACGUAGGUUUUCGAGAGAAAUAUGUGCUGAUGCAUGCUCUUCGAAAUGUUGGUGAUAUGCUCGUACAACUGCGCAAAGACUAUAUGGUAUCGACCGCUGCACUGGCUGUCGAGUGUCUCGAGGAAGACGAUGUGCUUUGGCAAAAUAUUCUUGAGCCUCUCACGGGAGUUGUGCAGACUAUUUCAGAUGUAAUGUUUCGUGGUCAUACCGACCUAUUGAUACAUGAAGUAGAUGGCCUCAAGUUGGCCCGCAGGAUUCGCAUUAUGGGAGAAGAACUUAACGUCACCGCAAUCAUGCUGGACAGCAUGCUGGGCCUCUCGGCAACAACAUGGACACAGAGAACCGCUCUGAUGGCCAAAGAAACCGCAAAGAAAUGGCGUUCCGCUACCAUUACGCGCUGCGGAUUGGAAGAUAUAUAUGAUCCAGACGCGUCCGACCAGGAAACCGACACCGUGGAUGUCAAUCGCGCCAAACUGUGGAUAGAAAAAAAGCUUAAAACUCCUAGAUUUCGAGGACAAAGUCGGAGUUCUCAAAAGAAUAGUACCCCCACCGGGAAAGUCGGCAAGGGCGGACCUGAAGCACAGGCAAAGGACGCGGCUGUGGCCAGCAGUUCCACCACGAAACCCAUCUUAAAAAAAGCGCCAAAAGAGCCUCGCACAAGAGGGCCCAGCGUCUUUCUCCCACAGAAAAAUGUGAUUAAUGAAAUGGAGCGCAGGCAGCUCGAGAGAGACAAAGAAUACCAAGAGCUUGAGGAGAGGGAGUAUUCCGAGCGUUGUGCUGAGAGGACAGCGCUUGAAAACCUCGAAGACGACGAGGAUAUUGUGCCAACAGGCUCCAACAGAGCCUACAAAGCUCACAUGGCAGCCAGAUACAGCAGACAGCUACAUCGUGGCCUUCAGAUGAACGAUCAAGAUAUGGAGAUGGAUCCACUUAGAAUGGCCCAAAUCAGAGGUGUCAGCAACACUGGGAGCUACCUUAGCUACCCUGCAUUCCCAUCCGCACACCUCACUGACAACAGACCCAAAACUGAAAUCGCGCCAGUGAGAUCACACCGUCGCCCAAAGGAUGACAAGGGAAAGGGACCAGAGAGGCAUCAAAAGGACGUAAAAGGAAAGGGCGUUGAACGCCGCUCUGUCCUGAAAAAAUCUACUUCCGGAAUCCAAGAGAAACGUUCUGAAAAGGACGAACUGACUCUUCAGCAAAUUGGAUCCAGCCUGGAAGGCAUAAAGAAUCCCGAGGCCCUCGUUCGGCUCUUGGAGGCGAACGACCACAUGGUAACCCAAGCCAAGGGUCGCUUCGUGGCCGUCGAGAGCCGCGUCGAGAUGCAGGUUCCCCCUGGCCGUAGCGAAAUCGACAGAAUAUCGACCACCGAUGGUGCAAAGAUCAACGGCGGAUCAACCAAGUCAAAGUCUACUGUCCAGCUGGAGGACGGCAGCAUUAGAGUCCGCACCGACGAGAACAUUCGUCCCAGAGUCAGGUUUGAGGAAGCAAGCCUCCCAGCUGGAGAUGGCAGAGACAGUCGUGCUUACAGAGAAGCCCACGCCAACCGUGUCCGCAGUCGCAGAAUUGGAGACGAAACCGCCACCAGCGGCCGAAUUUCUAGAGAAGCCAGUUCCAGUGGCAGCAGCAGCCGCAUUACUGGAGAAUCCCGCACAAGCCGCAGUGAGAAAAGGUCCAGCACGAUCCGCAGCGCCAAAAGGACCAGCCGCAACGCCGGAGAGGCGCCAACAAACCCGAACGGUCGUUUCAUCCGUGUCGGCAAUGAUGUGAUCCCAGCUCCGCUCAAGAUCCGCCAAACUCGUUCGCAGUCCCCUCUCCUUGGGAAGAGCAGCCCCGGAUUACCCGGAGAGAGCAGCUUGAUGCCCGCCCCGCUCAAACUUGGCCCCAGGCUCCGCCAGGCUCAACUCGAGAAGCAACGCGCUCUCGAGGCCUCAGAGGAUCUCAGUGAAAGACUUAUCCCCCUCAAACUCGGCCGAUCUGGAUCGAAGUCUCCUUAUGAGAACUCCGGCGCCGGAUUCCCUGAAGGACUCAGUGCGAUGCCCGCUCCCCUGAAGCUCGGCCAGAAGAAGUCUCAGUCUCCCAUUGAGAGCCGCGGCGCCGAAUUCCCUGAGGGCCUCAGUGCCAUGCCUGCUCCUCUCAAGCUCACCAAGACCAAGUCCAAGUCCCCCCUUGGGGACUAUGUCGCCCAAUUCCCCCAAGGCAGUAGCACCAUGCUUGCCCCUCCCAAGCUCGGCCACAAGCGCGCCAAGUCCCCCCUUGAGAACCGCGGAGUUGGAUCCCAGGGAGGCUCCAGUUUCUCCGCCGCAGAGCUGGCCAAAUACCGCUCGCCCCAGCCCGGUCCUCCACCCGACAGACCACUUCCUCCUCUUCCAACGGACCUUGAGUAA